AUGUACUGGGGGGCACUGGGGAGCACCGGGGGUCUCAGGACCCCCCCCCAGCCCAGCCCAUCCCCCGCUCAGUCCGAGGGGGAGUUUGGGGUCCAUAACCCCGCUGUGCCCCGCAGAGCGCCUCAGCGCGCAGCGCCCGGCGUGCGGCGGCGCUGGAAGGAGAGCCCCUGGCUGAAACCCUCGCGCAAGAGGAAGAGGAAGGACCCGCGGGGGGGCAAGGACAGGGGCCCCCCCGGCGCCCCCAGCGAAUACACCGAGGUGCCCCUGGGCUGCCUGCAGCUGCCGGGGGGCGGGGCCCUGAGCCCCCCGCCCCCAGGCCCCGCGGAGGCGGAGCGUUUCGAGGAGCUGCCGCUGUGCUCGUGCCGCAUGGAGGCGCCCAAGGUGGAGAGGGGCGGGGACAGGGGGCUCUGCAUGGCCACCGAGAGCGUGGACGGGCAGCUGAGCGGGUGCGGCAGCAGCAUCCUGAAGCGCGAGACCAUGAGGCCCUCGAGCCGCGUGCCGCUGAUGGUGCUGUGCGAGAGCCACCGCGCCAGGAUGGUCAAGCACCAGUGCUGCCCCGGCUGCGGCCACUUCUGCACCGCCGGGACGUUCCUGGAGUGCCACCCGGACGUGCGCAUCGGGCACCGCUUCCACCGCUCGUGUGUCUCGCGCCUCGGGGGUCUCAUUUUCUGUCCCCAAACCCCCUGAACUGUCCCCAAACCCCCUUGUACUGUCCCCA